UCUGCGUGCCUCGAAGCGAGACAUUCCACUCCAGAUCCACUCGCAGUUCUUACCUCUGGAAUGCGCCCAGCCUCGAGUAAAUGGUGGUGAUAUCUGUCACGCUCCAGAAAACGGCCGCUUAACACGGACGGGAGGGUUGGAGACGCAAAAAACAAGAUCGCUUUUUUCGAAACCGAGGGCUUCGACACAACAAAGAAAGAAACAUCACCAGUUCAUGAUACCCUGCAGCACGACCUCGACAGCCCCCUGGACGCAGCCUGCGGAGGCCACGACUCACCCCGACGUAGAUAUCCUAUAACCCGACAUCCUACCGUCCGACCCUCACGAUGGCUUUGUCUUCAGAAGAGGCUGCCCACCUUCACAGGCAAGCAAAACGACGAGCCGAACGAGCCGCAGCCGAAAUGAACUUCCGCGAAGUGACCUCGGAGGAGUAUCUCAAGAAACUACGAGCCAAACGGCGCCCGGGGAGACGAUUCGAGAUCGACAACACACCUGCCGCGGUCGAAAUCGGCGAGGAGCCGCUACCUUCACAGCGAGAGUUCAAGAUUUCGACAGGCCCUGACCGGCAACGAACACAUGCCCGCACAAAGUCAACGCCGACAGCGAACACGAAUGGGCUGUCAACAUCUGGCAGCCGCAGGACUACACUCGGAAGUCCCAUAGCGAGGAAUACUUCAGGGAAAGCUAUGGUUCCUAAUCAGAGGUUAGCCACUCAGCAGACGAAAAGCCAGCCGAACCUCUUCUUGCAAGCUGCGCAACAGCGUCCGAACCCCGCGAUAACCCAUGCCAACUUGGGCACGACUACGACAGUCUCGUCAUUAUCAUCUCAGCCUCAAAGAUCCAAAUCAAGUCUGAGCAUGUUCUAUCCCAAAAAACAUGUUCGUCGCGCAGCGUCCGUGUCUGUCCUGUCGUCAAAGCCACUGGAAUUAGACCCGAUAGCCACGGCCCAUCAAACAGGUCACGCUCGAAGCCAGUCGCUUGGCAACGCCCUGUCUGUCCUUGAUACCACACCGCAACCCGUUGCCCUCAAAAAGCGAGGCUCGUUGCGCAUGCUCAAAGACAAGCUUAGAAGAGUAGCCAGCUCCUUCGAACUUCGAUCAGCAAGGAGCGACGGUUCAGGGCUCAGUGAUGACGAUAGCUUGAAGAAUCGUUCCAGCAAGAGCCUGCUACUGCGAACGAGGAACAGGCUUGGCUCGCAGCACCGACUCGGGACCGUAAGCGAAGAAUGAGUGACGAUGAAGACCCAAGUCGGUCUCAGACGCCAUAAACCUAGUCAUCCGGGACUGACGUCCUCUACGGAGACAGUACUGGAGGGCGUCUGCAUUGUGUACGAUUAAUGUGGACGAGAUAUG